GAGCGUGGCAAUCCGCAACAGCUGUACCGACUUAGCAUUACAAAUCCUCGCUCCAACAACCCCAUCGGCAUCGCCUACCCACAGCAGAAGGUUGCGCCACCCAAGAAGUUGGAGACCAGUCGUGGCCCGCUCAUGGGCAGCUACAGAUUCCACGUCCCCAGUAUACCAGAGAGAGAGGCCGAACUACAACAAGAAGAGCUCAACUACAGCCGCUGCUUCCAGGAGGCCUCCUCUAACCUCACCUCCCCAAGUUAUACCUCAAAGGCACUGGUCUCCUCAAGUGCAACUUCCUCCCUCCCGCACCCACCUGUGUCUCAGCAGCAGCAGCAGCAGUCUGCCUCGAUGGAGAACAGCAGCACGCAGCCUGGCAGUCAGCUACUGCUGGCAGACUUUCAUCUGAGUGGCUCUAAUACAUGGCAGUCCCCUGAACGGACUUUUAAUGGUGCUACCUAUGGGGUUUCUUCACAAAAAUCCACUGCCCUUUCAGAAGCCAACAAAGCAGGUGCCUUCGUGCCGGGUCCUUUUCAAUAUGGAUAUAAUUUCUUGGAAGAAGCGACCUCUGACUCUUUUUCCUGUGAACAGAACUCUCAAUCACAAGACUUUGCAGACUCCUCCAUAGGUUCAGUUCAUGUGACCCACAACUCAUUUUCCUUUACAGCCGGAGAAGGAGAAAACGGUGCUCCGAACGGCAAUCAGUUCAGUAAUGAGCAGCAGUCGGAGGAUGGAAGCUCUUAUUCUCACUCCCCACCGUCACAUUAUAUUCAAGGGGUAGCGUCCUCCAUCCAGUGUCCGAGGAAUAUGAGUGAGGACUCAGCCAGCAGUGACAGCUCUGGCUCCAGCUCACAGCAGACAGAGCAGGGGAAGACAUUGUUGCCUGAGAGCAUAGAAACUAACGGACAGGCAGACAACAGAGAUGCAACAAUCACCUCGGGGAUGGCGUCAAGGAACUACAGCUAUCCACCACUACAGGUCCCGCCUAUGGGACUUAUGAUGGUGUCGCCUUAUGAAUCCCCAUUGCCCUCCCCAGUUCAGAACCACGCAUCUAGUACCUGCUCCUCCCUCUCCCCGGCAUCAAACAGCCCUGUAAACAUCAGUUCAGAGGACACUCAAAUGUUAAAGUCUGCACCGCCGCACACAUUUUACCACCAGCACCAAACAAAGACUCAGCUACCAUCCGAUCACCUGAGCCCUCACCACCACCAGUUUCAUUCGGAUGCGUCACGAAACCUCACGUACGCACCAGACCGAGCCAAAGAUGACUUGAUGAGCUACAUGCAAAAUAGCACACACCAAAAGACGGCUUUGGACAGAAACAAAGGUUACAUGGACAGUUUUGGUGUGGAGCAUCACCAGCCUCCACCGCCGUACUCCGCACAUCAGCUGUUAGCCACCUCAUUAGCCACAGCCAAUCUCGACCAGUUAGACGUGCUUCUGACGUGCAAGCAGUGUGAUCAGAAUUUCAAUAACCUGGCUUCGUUUCUCGGCCAUAAGCAAUACUGUGCUCAACACACGUUUGCACAAAAUGACCUCAAAGACAUAUCAAAGAUGGAGGACAGCAGGAAGUUUCACGCAGAACCAUCUAAAGCAGUGUCGUCCGUGUCGAAUGUUUCAAUGACCAGGUGCCCGUCCGACCUUCACCUAUCCCUGUUGGGCCUCAAUAAAAAUGGAGAGCUGAUGUCUGACAGUGAAACCAAAGGAGACAGUAAAGAUGAUCCCAUGAAACUGAACCUGUUCUCUGGCCCAAGCAACAUCCCUGUCCCUCUCCCUGACUUGGAAAUUGAGGACGCCAAAUUAGACAGCCUAAUCACAGAGGCCUUGAAUGGACUGGGCUAUCAGUCAGACAAUGCAGAGAUAGACAGCAGCUUCAUCGAUGCAUUCGCUGAUGACGAGCUCACCACCGUCAAAGCUACAUCGCACAAGCAAUGUCUGAAAACCAAAGAGUCCCUGGUCAUUGAGAGCAAUAAUAAACAAGCAGCAGAUGAUGACAGGCCUUUCACACAGGGAAAGUGUUUUUACGACUCUGAUGUUGAAAGCACCGAGACAGGUAAACAGUACACAGAGAGCAAACUUGAGAAAAUAUCUCUGAAUUUGGAACAAGAUGAGAAGAUUAACAUAGAAAAAGAAGCCUCUCAUAAAAAUGCAAGAAUCGCCUCGAGGGAGACGAGGAGGGAACAAGAUAGCAAAGUGAAAGAGGCGACAAAGCUGUGCAAGAGGGAGGAUGAAAAUGCAAGCGCACACAGAUUCCUCUUAUCCAGCAAGUUGUCCGAACGGUGUGGUGGGAAAAGCUUUCAGGACGGCUCCACACUGCGAGGGUCAAAGCCCUCACUGGUCUCUACAUCUCCAAACUCAAGGGCUGCAAUGAAAGACAGCAAGAGGAAAAGCUCUGGAGGCGGCACCUGGAGCAAAGAACUCAUCCACAAAAUAGUUCAGCAGAAAAAUAAGCUCAAUAAGCUUCAUGUUAAAGGCACCAAAAAUCUGCAGUUAUCCUUGGUGAUGGAGAGACUGACUCCCACUGUACAGAACCCUGGGUUUGGAGAAUACGACUAUGUCUCAGACUCAGAGGACGAAUGUGAGCCUGUGAAGAUAGCAAGCCAAGGUCGACUGAAUCAAAGCAGCCGCUGCAAAUACACGUACAGCAAAGAGUGCAAAUGGCGAGCACGGAGCGAGAGGGACCAGGCGGCGUGGAGGCACGAGUCAAAGGAGUGUUUUGAGGUGAAAAAAAGCGAGGAAGUUUCUCUCUCGCCUGAAAAACACGGUUCUCACCAGAGACUCCGGAGAAGGGGAAGCCGGUCAUCGACAAGCAGUGAACUCAGCACAUCUGUGAGUGUUUCAAGUGAUAGCAUCAACAGCCCCAAAAGCACUGACCGCACUGACUCAGACUGUGAGAAGAAGACGGACAUGAGAAAGAAAGACUCUCCGGAGCAGAAAACCUACGAUAGGUCCUCCCCACAGAAGUUAUGUAAAGACCCCAGCACACUAGCACUAACGUUCACUAAAUCUGUCAGGAAGUAUAACGCUGACAAAGGGGUUCUUACUGAAAACAAAGACAGUCCACCGAAUCCAAAGCAUCACUCGAACACAGGCGAUGCCAAUCCGGUGUCAUCCUUGCACGAAGCAAAAGACACAAUGAGAAACUAUGAAAGAAGCAGAAUCUCCCAUUCAAAAUCCAGAGAGAAGCUGUUGUCUCAUACAAAAGAAGCCGGCGCAUCAGUCAGCUCAGACAGAGACACUCUGCACAGAGCCAACGGCACAUGCCCCAAAGAAGAAGCAAUGCAGAGUACGGAUAACAAGCAACUCCACUUUGAUUCACAAUCUCCCAUCAUCAACAAAGAAACCGAUUUCAAUCAUGACGCAUACACAAACGGUAAAGGCCAAGGGGGGGCUAAAAAAACACAGCUAGAGCUAUCGGACUGUACCAGUCGGAGUGUCUGCAUGGUGAAAGAGGCGAUCACUUUAAGCAACGAACUAGAGGAGCACAAGCCUGUGUCUCUAUGCACGUCUCUGAUGGAUGAGGUGUGUCUAUCUCCCACCGAAAGCCAGGCCCCGCUGAUACAGAAAGAUACGCUCCAUCUCAUGCCCUAUCCUCUGGAUCAGGAACAGGGGCUCAUGAAAUCCCCACUUUCGUUCGACACCUCGUCGAUGUUCGGGGAACUGGCAGGCUUCGACGGUGGCAUCUACUCAGAUCUGCCCAUUCAGAAAGAGGGUUUCCAUUCAAUAGAGAGCACCUCCGACAAAAAGGAAGAAUUUGUGUCGUCCUUCUCUCCCUUUCUGGAACAAAGAGACUGGAGCCUUAUCGUUAGCCCGGUUCUGCCAGAUGAGAUAUCUCAGUACAAAGACAACUCUGAGAAAUCAAAUGAAAAGAAACCAGAUUACAAUCACGUCCCUUUGUCUCUGCCAGAAAAAAUAAUCGACUACAGCACAAAUCUCAACAGCUGCGCAUCGGAGGAUGAGCUGGAGAUAAAGAGAAUAGUGAACGAGCUUGAAACCCAGCUGCAAACAACAAAGUUGGAAAGUCCACCACUGCUCGCUCAGGACGUCCCCAAGCAGAUGCAAAUGAGCAAAUUUUCACCUUUACGUCUGAGUGAUGAGUCGGAGUGUGACCCUGCUGGUCUGGAUAUGAGUCCAGCAGCUGAUUUGUCAGUGGAGAUCGUUAUAACGGAACAGCCCUGCAGUCCGUUAGUAGAGGACGCCAACACGGGGAGCUCCAGUCACUGCUCGCCCUUCCAGGAAGCCCAGUCUUUAGAGGGACAACACAAUCUGUUGAUCCUCUCACAGGCCGACGACCUCAUUGACAGUGUUUCCUGUGAAGCCGCUCCAUUUAAUGACUCUUUGAAAGCCGACGAAGGUGUUACCUUCGACACUAUUCAGAUACAAGAAGGGAUUUUGCAUGUACAGGACAUUAAAGAGCAUCUUCCUAUUGAUUUCAUGGCAAGUCACCAAAACUCACCGUGCAGAGAGGAGAUGGAGGAAAGUCCCUGCCUUUUCCUGAACGCUGCCCCAUCAAGCAGUCCUCUUUUAUCACCCUCUAUUCAAACACCCGAGCAGAAACUGGAGCUAGAGGAAGAUUCAUGUCAGCCACAUAUCGAAGGCAGUAAUGGGACUGUCGAGAAAGACUCAAGUCCAAAUGGGAAAUCGCCCUCAAACAAAGACGUGGCUCUAAACCAGGAGGAGCAACUGAACACAACAGCUGAGAUGGAGUUUUCUUUGAUAAGUCCUCCUCACCUGGAUCUCGGAAUAACAGAGAGUCAAAUCUCCAGCCCUGAAACCACCAGUCCCACCAGAACAGCAGAGGUGGAGAGGGAGCGAGAUCCAAUGUACGAGUUCAAGCUCAGCCCCCUCAACUACACCAGCAUCGCAGAUGAGCCUCCCCACCUGAACCAGUACAACUACAUACCAAUUUCACCAGCCGGCAAACCUGACGACAACGCAGACAUGAAGCAGAGAGAUGACUGUGAACCAUGUGACUUGAGCGUUAACCCUGCACUGAUUUUCAACAAAACUGAAACAGAAAUGAAACUGAACACAGACACCACAUCUGAAAUGAAUGGAUCAGAUGAGUUGCUAGACCUCCAGCAGCAUAUCAAAUUCACAUGUUUUUCAAUGGGUCUCCUAGCUGAAACAAACAGUGCAAAUUCCUCAGCUGGUGAUUUAGAAAAGGACUCGGAGAUUCGCCCUGAUCCAUCUGAACCUAUUGAGCAACUGCAAAUCCGUGCGGACAUGCUGCGAGAGGAUGAGUCAGUCAAUUUAAACUCUCACAAGGCUUCGGCUGAGGACAGUGCACUCCUCAGAAAAGACAUUUCAGAUGGUACGCCCACUCCUAAGCCACUCAUCAUCUGUGAAAACGAAAAAAUGCCUCUCCCACCAGACCCGGCAGAGAAGGAUGCCACAAUAGAGACUGGCCAGUGUUCAAUAACACACAAAGUACACAGAGAAACGCAGCAGAAAAAGACCAAGAGCGACACUCAACAGGGGAAAGUGCUCUGUGAAAUCUGCUUCAUGUGUUUCAGGACGGUGCCGGGGUUAAAGAGACAUAAGGCCAUGAAACAUUUGGUCCGAGCUGAAAAACACAUCGGCCUGCAGAAAACAUCUAACCAACGGGGGACUUUGCUUAUUUAUGAAUCGUCCCAAACUACAGAGAAAGAACAUAAAGAUGAUUCACGGACCUGUUACUCUGCAAAAAUAGAUGGGCUGUCUGAGACAAAUAACACUCUCAAAUCUAAAGCAUCAGAGACUGAGUCAGCCCGGGAGGAAAUGGCAACCAAGACGAGUGCGGUGGCAGUGGAUGAAGUAGGCCAUCAGAACUCUCUGCUGCCAACAAAAGCCAGGAAGAACAACAAAGCCAGGAAGAACAAGAACAGCGAGCUAAACAUAAAGCCCGACCCUUUCUCUGAUGAGAUCCUGAAUAUAUUAAAAACAGACAUACUUCAAGCAAUAACUCCGGAAUUCAAAAGUGCUGCACUUCAAUUGCCCCGCAAAUCUCCCGAUGAGCAGGUGGAAAUCAAUGAGGGAACUGUCGGUGGAGCAGAGGAAUUCCCCGUCACUUCAGGCUCUAGCUUUGAUAAUGUACCACCACCGCCAACAAAAGACACAAAUGCACUUACUGAAACUGCAGAGCUAAAUCCGGUCACUCAUAUGGUGGAAAUGAAAUGUACGAGCGUCACAGAGGGGGCAAAUGGCGAAGUAUGUGCAGAUAAUAAUGAGGAAAGUGACAUAGGAGCAGACAAAUAUAUAAUUAGCGAAUGUGAUGAGUCCAGAAAGACUCCGUGUCCCGUGGAGGAGAUGUGUUACCAGAGAGGAACGGACGAGAGCCUCGCCCAGGAGAUUCUUAGGAAAGUGGCAGUCGAGAUCAAAUGCGAGAAAACUGUCCCAUCAGACGAGUUACAUCCUCUCUCCUGUCUGAAUGCGUCCCCCCUCAGUUCCCCUGCCUUAAGCUGCGAUCUGAAGGCCUUACUCGACGACGACACCACAUUCUCGCAGCUGUUCCCAAGAGAUGAGGAGGCCAAAAGGAAAAAGUGCACGAGGGAUUACAGCAAAAGAAACAAAAGACAGAAGCUCCUGCCCGACUCGGAUCAGCCUCAGGAUUAUCCUCCUUCAGAGACUUCGGUGCAAAGUAAAAAUCGAUUCGUGGAAAACCAGUCAAAGCAGAUAUUCACUGAAGAUCAAACAAAACAGUGUGAGUACGAGACGAUAUCUAUUGAUGAUGCCAUCUUGUUGAAUAUGUGCCACAAAAGCUCUUUAAAAGCCGAUGACAAGCCGCUGUCAGACAUUAAACAAAGAGAGGAGAAGGAUGCACCUGAAAAUGUCAAAGGGCCUGUCAACAAUCUCUUGAAUCCACUUGAGAGCACCAUUGAUAAAUCCUUGAUAGAAUGGAGUGGGUCCACUGACUUCCGCGUGACCCCUGACCCCAGCACCUGUAAACCAGAGGCUCCACAAGCACCUUGCCCCCCAUCCCUUCCUGCUGCCCCAUAUCCUGCGGAGCCAUGUGUCACAGAGAAUGUCCAACCCUUCCACAGCAUCGACAUCCAGAGCAUCAACACCACAUUUCAGCUUCCUGAGGUUCAGUUCUUUGACUCUAACACCGAUAUCUCGGUGGCUCCAAAUAUUGCAAAUGUGGACGUGGAGAGAAGAGAUAAUGAAAAGUCCAAGAAAGUGGUAGAGCGGCGAGGCCGGAAGCGUCAAGAUGGUGGAAUAAAGAUCAAAGAAAAGCAGUACAAGUGUAAAGUGUGCUUCACUUGGUUCCUCACCCUGGGGGAGCUGAACUUUCACAAGUUAUCCCACAACCCGUCUCCACCUCCGACCUGCUACAUGUGUGUUCAGCGCAAAUUCAGCUCCCGCGAGCAACUGAGAGACCAUCUGACGGAGAAACACGCCAAGAACAAGACGGGGAUCUGGACCUGUGGAAUGUGCUUGAAGGAGAUAUCAGAUGUGUGGAUGUACAAUGAGCAUUUGCGGGAACAUGCCACCCAGUUUGCCCGGAGGGGUCAGAAUCAAGGUUCCAUAUUAGACAUGCCAGGCUGCUUCAUGCAGGAGACGGCCGUGAAGAACUUUAUCACCUCGAUCAUGCAGCACCGCCCGAGCAAAGCUAUGAGAGAUUCCAGCAAAGUCAGUAAAGUGCAGGAGAAAGCUGCUGGUGCUGCUGCUGCUGCUGCUGCUGCUGCUGCUGGCCGCGCCAUGGGAGACGGGAAACCUUCAGAGGGGGCUGAGCCCAAACUUCACAAAGCUAAAAGCAGCAGCGGAGCAGGCGGGAAGCAAAGCACAUUAACCCAUCUGGAGGUCCUCCACAACACGGAGACAUCUAAAAGUGUGGAGAUGCAUCCCAACUGCAAAGACCCCUCAAGAGACUGCCACCACUGCGGGAAACAGUUCCCCAAGCCUUUCAAACUCCAGAGGCACUUAGUGGUUCACAACUUGGAGAAGAUUUUCCUGUGUCAUAAAUGUCCCGUCACCUAUCAGGAGGCGCGGGCGCUUAAAGAGCACCUGAAGAGAGCGCACGAGGAGGCGGAGGAGCUCGAUUCGAAGCACACCACCCUCUACACCUGCGAGCUCUGUGCCGAUGUCAUGCAUGUGAUUAAAAAGUCCUUCAUCUGCAGCACCUGCAACUACACCUUCUCCAAAAAGGAGCAGUUUGAUCGUCACAUGGAAAAGCACCUGUCUGGGGGUAAUACAAUUUUCAAAUUCCGAGGUGUUCUCAGACCUGUCAAAGCAUCCGCACCCAAUGAAGAUGAAUGUGUUUCUCCUGCAAGUAAGAAGAGACGGAUUCUCUCUGACAGUUUGCAAGACAGUAGCUCAGACAGCGGAAUUGGCAGUUUAAGCUCAGUGCACUUAAAUCAAGACUCUGAGACGCUGUCCUCAAAACCCUUCACAGCCGACGACUCCACACAGACCAACACAAAAGAAUACCACAGCAUCGCAAGCAGCUCCAACGUGAAGACCGAGGACAUGGUGGAGGACUACUCUGAGCUACUUGUGGAGCUGGAGAAGUGUAUACACAUGGGUUCAUCAGAGUCGGCCUCACCCAAGAAAGAGGAAGUUGACCCAACUCCCUCGCCUACUCCUGAUAAAGAGGGCAAGGGAAAAUCAAUGACUGAGCCAUGUGAUGUGAAAGAGGAGAAUGAGUCAGUCUGCAUUAGAGCAGAGACGACCUCAUGGUCAGCAUCUAGAGAGAGCCGCGGUGUGGGGGAGGUGAUUAUUAAAGGGAAGGAAAGCUCAGCUGGAGGUGACAAAGCCCAGGUGGAAGGAAACAACUAUUUGUUUGCACAUGGUGAGGAGUCUCCUGUCGGCUUAAGAGACAAUCAAAUCAUUUCAAAGACACAUGCAAAGCAUGAAUUAGCUGUUGACGUGACGGAGCAGCAGAGGGAUGAUGAGCGGUGGCAGCACACUUCAAAAACGUUCAGUAAUGACAGCAGACAGCAAACUUGCUCUCACGGUGCUGAGCAAGACGGCAGCUGUCAGGCGAAAGACAAAGCUGCCAAAAGCAUCGACAACACUAAAAACAGCAGCACCAAGGCACCAGAAUCAACACCUGUCCUCCACUCCAAGGUCUCCCUCAACACCUCCUUCUCAAAUGAGGAUAAAGAGUCUCUGAGACCACAGAAGAAGAGGAAGGACAUGAAAUCCCCCCACAGCCUUCAGAGGGUUUCCUCCCCGACCACACAGGAGAACUUUGUUGUUGACUCUCGGCCCAAAAAGAAAUUCCGGCCAAGCAAGUGCUCGAUUCCCUCCCUGCAACGGAAGACAGACGGACCCAGCGACUAUACCGUGUUGUCGUCCGUGCGGGACGACGCUGUGAUCAACAAAAUAGUUUCCAAGUGCAAGACUGCAAACUUGGGUCUGCAGUCCAAAAGAAGUUUGCUUGAUAGCUGCACGCCAAAGAAAGUUGACAUUGUGAACCCUCUAAAUGGGGAUUAUAAAACCAAAAAGGGACCUUUGGGGCGCUCUUUGCAUCCCCCUAUUUCUAAAGCGUCUUCAGUUCCCAUGAACAAUUCUCUGAACAAAUCUAGGCCAAAGAUGGGGGUGAGGUCGAUGGAGAGCCAUUCCUACCGGACAGCAGAGUCCCAGAACCACCUCUUAAGCCAGCUGUUUGGCCAAAAACUCACUAGCUUUAAGAUUCCUUUAAGGAAGGACACGUCAGAAACGAUUAACUGAGUGGGGUUUGAGGGAUCUGUGAACAAGAGACUGUAAAUGUUUAAGACGAAUGAAUAAUGGUGAAUGAUAUUGCACAGCUAUUUUCUGUGAAAUGCUAUCUUUAAAUACUUACAUAGUCACUUUAUGUCUUAUUUGUACAUUGUUAUUAUGCAAAUGUGAGGACGAAUGGCAGAUAUGAAUUUUGGAUCAAAAAUGAAUAUGCUAUUUGGGAAAAUCCAUAAACUGCUUUCCCCUAUGUUGGAUAUUGUCCUUUUCAGAGAUUAUAUUUCAUUUACCUAAAGGAAAGAAAAAAAAUAAUACUUGAAAAUACAGUAAAAUAUGUUCCUCUAAGAAAUGCAUGUUCAUUUUGCAUUCAUUAUAUGAUUUUUAUCAGUUUAAGUCUUUUUUUUGCAAAUGACGUCAUAACUGACCUGGACUUUUGUCUGUUCACCUUUCGUAAAUGCUUACAACAUAUUCCUUUUGUAUUAUUUUUUUAACUUUACUGUACUGCAUCAACAGUGAUCAUUUUAGCCCUUUUGUAUAAACAUUACCUGGUGCUACGUUGUGUUUUUACUUUUAAUGUGAACGCCAAUGUCCUCGGAAGGGAACAUGAGAUCUGUAGCAGUUGCAGUACUUUCAUCCCAAUGAUUUUACUGGUUCCCUAAUGUUUAUUAAAGAUACUGUGUAAACCAUUCAAUACUUCAAAUGUAGACUGUUAAGACACGAAAUAAGGAAAAGCUUCUGAUAUCUUCCUAAAGCUCUUUGGAUGAACUCAGGUGCAUUCAAGGACUUCACAGUCCCAAUCCCUGUAUUCAGAGUUCUUCCCAUGCACUGAUAAUACCACACAUCAACCACAAACUCAGUCAUGUGUGUCUGCAACUCCUCAGACAACUGUUUGAUUAUGAAUAGUAUUUACUAAGACAACAAAGGUGCUUUAUCUUGUUUAUACUGUAUGUAUCUUAUAUUGUACAAUAUUGUAGGUAUAGGAUUGUUUGGUGUAAUGCUUCAUGUCAAAGUUUUAUUUUAAUAAUGUGCAAAAAAGAUUCAGAGAAGAAAGGAAAAUGCAGUGCCUCUUGCAAGUUGUAAAGUGGUUCACUAAGUGCAUCUUUUAUAGUUGGUUAUUAAAGAUCUGUAUUGGUCUCUCCUUGCUCUGUUCUUCCUCUUUUUUCUUCAUGACAUGUUUUUGCAAAUGUUCCCACUUCCAUCCCUGCGGACUGCAGCUGUCACCGCGUGCAUCAAACACUGGAAGCAGUGGAAGCUGCUUGUGCCUAGAGGCAAAAAACAGGUGCACGCACAACAAAGUCUGACUUCAUUUUUUUCCGUCUUCAGAUCAGCAUAAAUGCAUCUUUACUACAGAGGAACAUUCAACACAAGACAGUUACAUUUAUCCAGCCAUAUGUUCCAGUCAUCACAAACACAGUUGAGCAGGUGGCAGGGAGCUCUCACUUCUGUCGGUCGCAUUCCCCCCACGUGUAAAAUGGCUUCUAUUCUUAUGUGAACACUUGUCAUCAUCACAUAGGAAUAAAAAGCCAUAGCGCACAUGUAGAAACCCACAGGGCACAGAUGACAAGUUGUGUUCUCACGUCAUCCACUG